GGCAGUGCAGCCACAUCUUCCCUCCCCAGCUCGGCACACUAAACAUCCUUCGCGGCAACGGCACAGCUGUGGGGACCAUAAUAACAUUCCAGUGCUCUGCGGAGCACCAGCUGGAGGGACCGGGCUUCAUCACCUGCAUUUGGAAAGGGAAUGGUACCCAGUGGACAGCCGGAGUGCCCUCCUGCCAGCCCAUAUCAAAAUAUGAGAGUUUUGGAUUUAAGGUUGCAGUGAUUGCCUCCAUCGUGAGCUGUGCCAUCAUUCUGCUGAUGUCCAUGGCUUUUUUAACUUGUUGUCUUAUCAAGUGUGUGAAGAAAAGUGAAAGGAGGAGGACUCAAAGAGAUAUGCAGCUGUGGUACCAGCUCAGAGCUGAAGAACUAGAGCACAUGCAAGCUGCUUACUUUGGGUUUAAGGGAAGAAACAAUAACAACAAUAAGAAACUCAGGAAUAAAUCCAUAUUCGAUGGUGUGACUAACAUGGCAUAUGAUUACCAAGACUUCUACAGGUAA